AUGUCAGCGUUGUCUCUGGAGCGCAAAGAGUUUGAGUGCCUGCAUCAACUUUACAAUCAUGUCUUGUCCAGCAAGUGUUGCAGCUACAAGCUCCUAAGCAUUCUCGGGGAGGGACGCUUCGGAAUCGUUGCCGAGUGCCUCAACUUGAACACAUCGGAUUGUGUGGCGGUCAAGCUCCUGAAAAGAUGCAACAUUUACAACUACAACCAAGAAGUGCAGGCGCUGCAAAAGAUCCGCUUCCUGGACAAACACAGGAACAGCUUGGUCAGGUUCAUAGAACACUUCAUCUUCCAGGACUUUCCUUGUCUGGUUUUCGAGAUGCUGGACAAGAGCCUGGAGGACCUGAUGACAGAGCGAAACAUGACGCCGCUGAAUCUGCAUCAAAUCCGCCCGGUCACAUCGCAGCUUCUGAUGGCGUUCGAGGCCCUGCAGGCGUUAGGGAUCAUUCACACAGACUUGAAACCGGACAACGUCAUGCUCGUGGACCACAAACACGUUCCCUUUCGAGUGAAGCUGAUCGACUUUGGUUUGGCUCAUCCAAUCACGUCCGUGCACGCGGGCAUGACCCUGCAGGCCGAGGCUUACCGGGCCCCAGAGGUGACCUUGGGCCUUCCCCUGUCAGAGGCCAUCGAUAUGUGGUCUCUGGGAUGUACCAUCGCAUACCUCUUCUUUGGAUUCGACCUCUUUGACUGCUCUUCUCUUCGCAACAGUAUGGGAACCAUCUGUCAGCUCUUUGGGCAGCCUGGAGAUCAUCUUCUCAACAUGGCUAAAUACACCAGUGACUACUUCAUGCUAGACGCAGACCACCGGUGGACUGUCAUCUCAGCAGGUAUCGAGCCGGCCAUGUCUCGAUUUAAUCUGGAGACUGGGUCCACUUUCGAAGACCUGGCCUUGGGAUUCUUGCAGACCACCUCCACCGUGGAGUACGACGACUGGAUGAAAUGUGUUUGUCUCCUAAAAUGUCUACUGAGUGUAGAGGCCACGAGCAGAGCCACUCCCAGACAAGCUUUGAAUCAUUCUUUUCUCACCAUGGCUCACCUGAUGGACAACUGCCCCUACAAAGAAGCUACCCUCAACUGCAUGAUGAUCGCGCCCAUCGACGACUACGUCACAGUCAAAGGCAGGGAUGAAGGCUACGGCGAGGAGGAGCCUGACUGUGUGGAGGAACUUUAUGGAGAAGAGGAACCAGGGGAGGUGGUGAAUCUUGACAUUGGCAGCGACGCUGGUUGGUUAAUGGACGCUGAUGAUGUGGUGGUUCUUGGCGGUGAUGAGGACAUUGGUGUUGUGGAAGAGCCUCCUGGAGUGCUUGUUCUUGAUGUUGAAGUGGACCUUUGUAAAGUGGUGGACCUUUGUGGUAUGGAAAAUUCAUGUGGCUUUGUCAACUUGGCAGACCUGUUUUAGUGGACAUCACCCUUGUGGGCAGUUAAGAAUCCUUGCUGAGUUCAAACCGAAGGAAGCUUUACUGGCAGCCAACAAAAGCAAAGACGAAUAAAGCAUGAGCAGAACACCAGGAGCGUCUUUCCAAGCUUCUCAAUGAGGACAUUUGUCUGAAGCUAAACUGGACCAGCGACGUUAAAGUCAUUGAUGGACCAAUCUUCACAAGCUUGAUGGAACAAGUUGCUUUUUAAUGAAUAAUCUUUAUUUUUGAAGUAAACCAGGAUUACUUUCCAAGCACACAAAACAAGUUGUGAUCUUUGUUUUUGAUGGAGAUUUUUUCCAGGAGUUCUGAUCGGAAAUGUUUCCAAACACACGCGUCUCCAUGUUUGACAAUGGUAGUCACCUUUGAUGCUAGCCCAAAAAGCACCAACACUUGUGUCCGUCUAUUCUUUACUGCCCU